UGUCAGCAGUGCCACGUCAGACACAGUGCCACGUCAGACACAGUGCCAUGUCACACACAGUGCCACGUAAGCAGUGCCACGUCAGCAACAUGACGGGCCUGCCAGGCCAACUGGCCAAUGAGCCUAUUGCCGACUACAAAAAGCGUUUCCAGGCUCAGCUCGCUUUCAUCGAGGCCGAGGAACAACGCCGGCUGGCAGCCGCGGCUGCCCAGCUACAGGCUGAAGAAGCGGCAACAGCAGAGAAGCUGCGGCUAGAAGCCGAAGCAGACGCAGAUGCCCAGGCUCGCCGCAAGGAAGCCCAGGAUCUGCUGCAGCGGAAUGAAGACAACAACAUCGAGAGACUCAAGUCCUGGCACUUUGAACCGAACGGCGACGAGGCAACACCGGAAGAACAACAUAAGGAGUUCAUGGCCAAGCUCGUGACCAGCAGUGCAUCCUUUAGCCGCCAACUGGAGGAACGCAUUGACCACGUAGUGGCAAUGCUAGGAGACGUAAGUGCCUUCGCAGAGCCGGCCACCAUCAGCCAGAGGUUCGAGUUGCUGGACACCAAGAUCAGUCAGCAACAGCAGACUGACCACAGCCACAACAACAGCUCGGCGAGGCCAUACAAGAUGCCGACGUUCCGGAUCGAGAAAUUUGAUGACUACACACAUCAAGACCCGGUCAUCUGGUGGCAAGGAUUUACAACGGAGUUGGGGAUUCACAAGGUCCCUGACCAUCUGUUCAUCAGUGCUCUAUUCAUCAACACCAAGGGAGGAUGUCAGAUCUGGCCCAGCCACAUGGCAACCAUCCACGGCGUCCAGGUUUCAUACCUGUACAAGAAGGUCUCCUGGGAAGAUAUGACAAAGGAAUGGAAGAAGCGGGUCAUCGUCGACGACGCCCCGACACUCGCCAUCAACCACAUCUUCACGAUGGCUCAAGGGAGCACACCGACACGUGACUGGAUCACGGAUUGGCAGAAGAUCGUGGCAACGCCCGAUUUGGACUUGCCAUUUUCGCAACUGCGGCGUGAGUUCUACAACAGGUCAUGCGCCGCUCUCAGCCUCACACUUGGUGAUCGCGAGCAGUACAACACUUUCGCAGAGAUCAUCAACAAGGCGAUUGAGAUCAUCAAGACCAACAGGGCAGCUGCACACGAGAAGUCAACGUGGCAACCAACCUAUGUGGAGAAGGUAAGAACAGGUCCGCGACAACAGCAGUUCGCUGCAGUCCAGUCGGACAGUGGAGAAGACCCAGCAGCCACUCCAGCAUCACGUGAGGGAGAUCAGGUGGCUGUUGUCCAGCCGCGAAGCAACAACAAGUCCCGGAACAAUGGGAAGGCGAAACCAGCAUCCUCAACGCGCCGACGAAACACCGGCCCUCUCCCACGCAUCGACGAUCUUCUCGAGCGACUGGGCGGCUCCAAAUUCUUCUCCAAGCUCGAUCUCAAGUCGGGAUACCACCAACUCGAGAUUCGCAAGGAGGAUCGCUACAAGACCGCGUUUAAGACGCGAUAUGGGCAUUUCGAAUGGUUGGUCAUGCCAUUUGGCCUUGCGAACGCCCCAACCACUUUCCAAGCGGCUAUGACAACGGAGUUCCGACACAUGCUGGAUCGUUACAUACUUAUCUACCUCGACGACAUCCUGGUGUACAGCCGGAGUUUGGAAGAGCAUGUGGAAUACCUGCGCACCGUUUUGGAGCGGCUACGCAUCCGUCCGCUUGCGGACAAGAUCGAGGCCCUACGAGUAUGGCUCGAGCCCACCAACACCACGGACGUUCAUUCAUUCAUGGGGUUGGCGGGCUACUAUCAGCGAUUCAUCAUCGGAUACUCCAGGAUUGUCGCACCUAUGACGAGGUUACAGUCGCCAAAGGUGCCAUUCGUAUUCGAUGACGACGCACGCCGAUCAUUCCAAACACUUAAGACGGCUAUGCUUAUGGCACCCGUCCUUAGCAUCUAUGACCCCACACUGCCGACGAGAGUGACUACGGACGCUUCCGGCUAUGGCAUUGGGGCAGUCUUGGAACAGCACGACGGCGACGAUUGGCACCCUGUGGAGUAUUUCAGCCACAAAGUGUCUCCCAUCAACUCGCUUGAUGAUUCAAGGAAGAAGGAGCUGCUCGCAUUCGUCAUGGCUCUCCAGCGAUGGCGGCACUUCCUCCUUGGGCGUCGUAGGUUCACAUGGGUUACGGACAACAAUCCAUUGACCUACUACAAGACGCAGGAUACGGUGAGCAGCACGAUAGGACGAUGUAUGUACAUCAUCGACCAGUUUGACUUCACACCGAAACAUCUUCCCGGCCUCUCCAAUCGCGCAACAGAUGCACUCUCGCGAAGACCCGAUCUUUGGGCUAUGACACAUCAUGCCUUCGCAUUCGACGAGGAGCUUCAGCGACACUUCAUCCGGGCAUAUGAGUCUGAUCCGGACUUCGCCACGCUUUUGCCGACGCAGCAAGCCCCGCAACCACAAUCCCUCAUCGAGUUACGCCCGAUGCCUAUCCCACGGGAAGCUGGUCUCUCCAUUGCCAUGGACGUCACCGGUCCGUUUCCCCACGACCGGCUCGGGCACGACGGCAUCCUCACUGUUGUGGACCGAUUGAGUAAGUACGCGCGUUUUCUCCCUUCCAAGUACUACUCCACGGCUCCCGAGCUGGCACGCCUCUUGCACACCGGCUGGAUUUGCGGCCAUGGUGUACCGGAAGACAUAGUCAGUGACCACGACACUCGCUUCAUGUCGGCAUUUUGGACUGCACUCAUGGAGGAGUCCGGCACGAAGAUGAAGCCAAGUUCGGCUCGGCAUCCACAGACAAACGGGCAGACGGAGCGGGCACAUCAGACCGCUCAAAUGAUGCUUCGUACGCUCAUCCGUCCGGACCAGAAAGAUUGGGUUGACCUCCUCCCCGACAUCGAGUUCGCCUACAACACUUCGGUGUUUCUGGCGAUCUUCGUGACUCCAUUCGAGUUGCACCACGGUGGACGGAAAGGCCGGAUCUUCGCCGACCUUCUCCUCCCUCGACCAGCUGACAUUGACGCUGCCUGCUCUCCCGCUUCCGUCCGGAAGUACAGGGAAUUGCUGACUCAAGCCCGCGCGAACAUGCAAAAGGCUCAAGUCCGCAUGCAGCAGCAAGCCAACAGGCGUCGCGUACCAUGUCCCAUCCGCGCCGGUGAUCUGGUUUGGGUCUCCGCGGAAGAGUUUGCACUGGAACAUGAUGUUUCAUGCAAACUGCUUCCCAAGUGGUUUGGACCUUGGUCUGUGACAGCAGCCGCGGGCGAUGAGCCCGAUGRCCCUUCAUUUGUGAUCAACAUUCUCGAGCAUCUGACGGUCCAUCCAGUCUUUCACGCCUCGAAGCUGGCAACAUAUACACCAGCUAAGAGCGACGACUUCCCGGGCCGACGAUCGCAGCACCCUCCUUCUAUGGAUGGCCAUCAGGAAGUUGACCGCGUCAUCUCCGAUCGCAAGUACGGCAGCAAGCCACACCAGUACAAAGUUACAUUCAGAGCAUGCGAUCCCGACGACACUCGGUGGAUUUCAGGAGCAGAUUUGAAAGCAUCCGCACCGCUGAUCUACGCUCACCACGAGCGACAAAGGUUAGCUAAGGGACCUCCACGACCUGCCCCUCCCACCCGGACUGUGGUCCCUCCCUCAGACAGACAGCUUCGCCCUCGCAGGUAAGCUCGGUCUUUCAAGGAGGGGGGGGUGUGGCAUACUGCGUAGCCACACGGGCCCUGCAGGGCCCGUCCCGCACUUUCAGCCUAAAAGCCUAAAAC